CUGUGGAUAGCCAGGGAGGCCCAUGGACCUGCCGGAGAGCCAGGCUGGUGGCCCUACAGCACCAAGUGACCUCUGGGAGCAGCCUGAGGAGGUGAGCCCGGGGAUGCUGCUCAGCUUAGAGGAGCAAAUACUCAACUCCACAUUCGAAGCCUGUGACCCCCAGAGCACAGGCACUGUGGCUGUGGCCCACGUGCUGGCCUACCUGGAGGCGGUGACGGGCCGGGGUCCCCAGGAUGAGCGCCUGCAAACAUUGGCCCGAAGCCUGGACCCCAGUGGGGAGGGCUCUGGGGCCACCGUGGACUUGGACACCUUCCUGGUGGUCAUGCGGGACUGGAUCGCUGCCUGUCAGCUGCAUGGGGGAUUAGAGCUGGAAGAGGAGCCCGCCUCCGAGGGAGUCCUGACCUCUCAGCAGCUGCCAUCUGGAGGCCUGGAAGCUGAGGAGCCGGCCAACCUGGAGAGCUUCGGUGGCGAAGACCCCAGAGCUGAGCUGCCCGCCACAGCCGACCUGCUGAGCAGCCUGGAGGACCUGGAGCUCAGCAACCGGCGCCUGGCCGAGGAGAACGCCAAGCUCCAGCGCAGCGUGGAGACGGCCGAGGAGGGCUCGGCGCGCCUGGGGGAGGAGAUCCUGGUCCUGCGCAAGCAGCUGCGCAGCACCCAGCAGGCUCUGCAGUGUGCCAAGGCUGUGGCUGAGGAGCUGGAGGACCUGAAGACCCUGGCCAAGAGCCUGGAGGAGCAGAAUCGCAGGCUUCUGGCCCAGGCCCGGCAGACGGAAAAGGAGCAGCAGCACCUGGCGGCCGAGGUGGGAACUCUUCAGGAGGAGAACGGGAAGCUGCUGGCCGAGCGGGACGGAGCGAAGAGGAGGAGCGAGGAGCUGGCCACGGAGAAGGACGCUUUGAAGCGGCAGCUCUACGAGUGUGAACGCCUCAUUUGCCAACGCGACGCCGUCCUCUCCGAGCGCACGAGCCACGCAGAGAGCCUGGCCAAGACCUUGGAGGAGUACAGGACGACGACCCAGGAGCUGAGGCUGGAGAUCUCACACCUAGAGCAGCAGCUGAGUCAGAGCCACGAGGGGCCGGAUGAGCUGCUCCCAGGGGCCCAGGGGAGAGGAGUGGACUGGACCACGCCGCUGCCUCCGUCACUGGGCCUGGAGAUCGAGGCCAUCCAGCAGAAACAGGAAGCGGCGGACCUCUGCAGCCCCCUGUGUGGGGUGCGGCCCUGGGAGGAAGCCAUGAGUUGGAUGGAGGAGGACGCUGGGUUUCCACCUGAAGCCCCACCCGGGGACCCGAGCAGCCGCCGGUCAGAGCCAGCGAGCUCUGGAGAAGGACCGCAGGAGCCGGCCGUGUGGUUGCCCAGAAGCGAGGAGGAAGAGGAGGCGGUGGAGAGCCGGGUCACGGCUGCUGCCCCUGUCUCUGGAGACUCCCCAGGAGGCCCUGCUGAGAGCCCUGCCGAGCCGGGACUCCAGCAAGCCCUGGUGCCUGUGAUAAAGGAGCUGGUCCCAGACCGGAGGCGACCCCGGGGCCAGCUCUGCCUGCGCCCCCAGCAGCUCAGGGUUGCCCGGCACCCGCUGGUCCCAGCCCCAGUCUUGGGUCUGCUGCUGCUGCUGCUGCUCUCAGUCCUGCUGCUGGUCCAGUCCCCGGCCCCCACGUGGCCCCACCUCCAACUCUGCUACCUCCAGCCCCCGCCAGUGUGA